UUGAGGGUUUCUCUGCUAAAUUUAGGGAAUUUUCUCCAAAUUUGGAGACCGUGUUUGCAUUUGUCUGAAACUGUAAAAUGGGAGAAAAUCUCCGGCGAAAGUCAUCUCCGGAUCGAACUCGGACGGAGAAUUGUGGUAAUGACUUGAGUCGGUCGAACUCAGACGCAUCGUCUUUGGCAGCUGAGAAUUCGAAAGAUGUGUUUCACAAGAACGUCAAUGCAAACCCGGGUAAGUGCACGGCAUGGACAAAUGAGAAGCACAAUUUAUACCUUGAUCAAUUGGAAGCAUCUUUUGUUGGGCAAUUAAACCGGUCGAUGGGUUUGCUUGCUUCAGAACAGAAUAAGUGGGAUCCAAAUUCAUCUCGAAGAUUGCCUGUGAACUCCAACAAUUCUUCUGAGCAGUUCACAGUUCUACAAGAUGGCUGUUGGAAGAAGAUUAACUUUGAAAAGAAUCAACCACUUUUAAACAUUGCAGCUGAUUCUAAUGUUUUUAGAAGUCCACGGAGAUAUCAUUUCAGAUAUGCAGGUAACCGCUGCACUGUAACAUCAGCUGAUCAUCAACAACACAGUACACUUCAUGGGGGGAGAGUGGAUUUGAAAGGAAAGAGGACUUUCUCCCAUAGAUUAGCAUCAAAUAUGGAGCGGAGUCCUGUAAACUACCUGUGCCAUCAUUAUUCAGUUGGCAGUAUUACAGAAGUUUCAGGUCAGAACUUUGUGGAUGAAGAUCGAGAAGAGAAAUCGAGCAGUUUAUCAGAUGGAAAAAGGUUGAAAACAGCUAUCACAGAUAUUUCCGUUAGAGAGAGCUGAGAUGUGUCUUUGCUUUGGAAUAUUAACCAUACACAUUGGGAACACCAAUUACGAAAGAUGGAAAGCUUCGGGUAUCUUCCCCUGGCACUUAUUCAAAGAACAGGUACAAAGGCAAAUCAAGCAUAAGGAGUUUAUAAGGUUAGUCUAGUUAGUGCUCUUGCUAUAGAAUGAAGGGAAUGCUGCCAUGAUAUUUUGAAUCAGAAAUUUUGUAGGAAGAAAAUCUGAAUAUGAUUUAAAUUAUUGUAUGUUUAUUACAUUAGAUUCAUAGCUAUAGGAAGCGGGUGAGCUAGGUUUUGUGAAGUUACUCCCAUCUUCCCCUCCCCCUCUCCCUCCCCCUCCCCCACCAAUCUCUCUCGGUUUUGUGAAGUCAACAUAUUUGUUUAUAGGUGUUAUAACACUGAUGGGAAGUGCAAUUUAUGGGGUGCUCUUCAGCCAAGUGUAUAUAUUUGUGGAUGAGAAGUCAAACAAUUUUUGGUUUUAGCUGUAAUACUUCAUUCAUUUGCGAGUGGUAAUGUAGAAAUGCCUGUUUAUUUUGAUUCAAGGCAC